CAAUGUUUUCAAUACAUACAUGAAAACUCAAAAUUCUUAUUCUUGAACAUUGUUCUUUCUCAGAGUCUGCAAUCUGGGGAAAAUUUUUCAUGAUGGGAAGUUACUUUUUCAAAAUCUUGUUCGUCAUGUUAGUGUGUUUACAAACCAAAGUAUCCAUUCUUGGAUCCAGCUUGAAUGUGAAAUGCAUCGAGAGGGAGAGACAAGCACUUCUCAACUUCAAACAAGGCCUCCAAGAUGACUUUGGCAUGAUGUCUACAUGGAGCAACGACAAAAAUAAUACAGAUUGUUGCAUAUGGAAUGGGGUUGAAUGCAACAAUGAAACAGGUCACAUUCAGAAACUUGAUCUUCGUGGUAAUGAUGAAGUGUAUUUGACAGGUGCAGUUAAUAUCACCUCAUUGAUUUAUUUGGAAAAUAUUUUGAUCCUUGAUCUCUCUUACAAUAAUCUCACAUCAUCAAUAUUUGAAGGAAAUUUUAGCUUGAGCUCCAAACUACAAGAACUUCGUUUGCAAAAUUGUGGUCUUACUGAUAAAAAUUUUCUGGUCCCAUCAUCUACUUCCAUUGAGAAUUCUUCAUCUUCUCUUGUCUUCAUUGAUCUCUCCCAAAAUCUAUUGAAAUCAUCAGCUAUAUUUCACUGGAUUUUAAACUUUCUCACCAAUCUUCGUUGCCUUUACCUUGAUGCAAACUUGUUAGAAGACCCCAUUCCAGAUGAAUUUGGGAAAAGAAUGAAAUCUCUUGAAAUUCUUUCCCUUAACAGUAACAAACUGCAAGGAGACAUUCCGGUUUCCUUUGGGGAUAUAUGCACAUUGCAGGAAUUAUACCUUUACAAUAACAGCUUGACUGGGGAAAUUUCGAACUUCAUUCAAAAUUCUUCAUGGUGCAAUAGACAUGUAUUUCAGAAUUUGGAUUUAUCUUAUAACAGGAUUAGUGGCAUGCUGCAUAAUCUUUCAAUUUUUUCAUCUUUGAGGAUGUUAGAUCUUUCCAAUAAUCAGUUAACAGGAGAAAUACCUAAAAGCAUUGGGUUGCUAUACGAGUUGGAUGAGCUUCACCUUGAGGAGAAUUACUUUGAGGGUUAUGUCAAUGAAUUGCAUAUCACAAAUUUGUCCAAAUUGAAGGAUUUAGACUUAUCAGGCAACUCAUUGUCAGUGACGUUUGCUACUACCUGGAUUCCUACUUUCCAGUUAAUGUAUUUGGGUCUCGCUUCUUGCAAAUUGGGUCCUAAUUUCCCAAGUUGGUUGCAGACUCAAAGUUACUUGAACAGCCUAGAUAUUUCUGAUGCUGAGGUUGAUGACUAUGUACCAGAUUGGUUUUGGAACAAGUUACAAUCUAUCAGUAUGAUGAAUAUUUCUUAUAACAGUCUUAAAGGUACCAUCCCCAAUUUACCAAUCAAGUUUAUUCAUGACACGUUUAUAGUUCUUAAGUCAAAUGAACUUGAAGGUGGAAUUCCUGCUUUCCUAUCACAAGCUUACACAUUGGAUCUUUCUGAAAAUAAAAUUUCAGAUUUAAACACAUUCUUGUGUAGAAGGAAUGCAACCCCAAACAUGCACAUUUUGAAUUUGUCAAAUAAUCAAAUAAUGGGACAGUUGAGCGACUGUUGGGAUCAUUUGAAUUCACUGCAAUUUCUUGAUCUAAGCAAUAACAAUUUGUCAGGGAAGAUUCCACAAUCCAUGGGCACUCUUGUUAAUUUAAGAGCCUUGAUCUUACGGAACAACAAUUUAGCAGAACUACCAUCCACACUGAAGAACUGCACCUAUUUAGAUAUAUUAGACUUGAGUGAAAACAUGUUUUCUUAUCCUAUUCCCUCAUGGAUUGGAGAAAGUCUACAACAAUUGCGAAUCUUGAGUUUGCGAGUAAAUCACUUCUUUGGAAGUGUUCCAUUUCAUCUCUGUUAUUUGAGACAAAUUCACCUCUUGGAUCUUUCAAGGAAUAACUUGUCAGGAGGAAUUCCAACGUGUUUGAGGAAUUUUACAGCAAUGAAGAAAAGGGAAGUAAUAAGUGAAAGAUUAUAUAACGGCUAUGCACUGUAUGACUCCAAUGUGUUAUUGAUGUGGAAAGGUCAGGAGCAUGUGUAUUGGAAUCCAGAGAAUCUUCUAAGGAGCAUUGAUCUCUCAAGUAAUAUUUUAACAGGUGAAAUACCAGAAGAGUUUGGAUAUUUACUCGGAUUAGUGUCUUUGAAUUUAUCAAGAAACAACUUAGUUGGAGAAAUUCCCUCUGAUAUCGGAAAUUUAAACUUACUAGAAUUUCUUGACUUGUCAAGAAAUAUUUUAUCUGGAAAAAUUCCUUCUGCUCUUUCCAAAAUUGAUCGUUUAGCUGUCCUAGACUUGUCAAACAACUUUCUGAUGGGAAGAAUCCCUUGGGGAAGACAGUUGCAAACCUUUGAUGCCUCUAGUUUUGAAGGAAAUGUUGAUCUUUGUGGUGAACAGCUUAAUAAAACUUGUCUUGGAGACAAGACAACAACAAAGCCUCAAGGAGUUGCAAUUUAUGAAGAUGGCAACUCACUUUUCUAUGGAGCAUUGUAUAAGAGCAUGGGUUUAGGAUUCGUCACAGGUGUUUGGGGCUUAAUGGGGUCAAUACUAAUUUGGCAACCAUGGAGAUCUGCUUACCUCAGGUUUCUGAACAAAGUGACAGACUAUAUACUUGUAAUGUUGAAGUGAGCCUAAAGAAGUAACACAGGUAGCUCAAGGACUAGCAGUUAUGGCGUAUUACAUUCAAAAUUCUAACCUAGGAUGGAUGGCUGGAAGUGUGAGAUAUAGUAUUGAAGUUUGCAAUGUAAAACAUGACAAAAGAUAUCAUAUUUUGAAUGAGCUACAAAAUCACUGUUUGAACAAACUUGUUAAAGUUAUUGUCUGUAAUGCAUUUGUAAUUGUACUUUAUUUCAUGCGCCUAGACUAUUGAUAUCUAAAAUGUGAAGGUUUUGAUGAUGAGACACUUAAAAUAAUGUUAGCUAAUCUUUUGUUAAGAGAAACAAAACUCAUUUCGGUAAUCUCCAUGUUUCAGAAGAAUUAGAUAUCAAGAAGAGAUUUUAUUGGGUGCAGCACAAAAAGGUUCACCAUUUAUCGCUGCAUUAAUAUGUGUCUUCCAGAUUAAAAACAACAACGACCUAUCAAAGUAUUCAUAGCAUUACAUUUGUAGACAAAACUCAAAACCCACUAGUGAAAGACCAAAAGAGCUAAAAGAGUGAUAAGAGUAGGAGCCUCAAAACUCCUAAAAGAAAUCUAAGAGUUAAAACUGUAUCCAGCCUAAGAAUCAGCAACCUGUUUUGUUUCUGCAAGAACAUGGCACCACUGAAGCAUACCAUCAACCAAAAUGUAUUUUUGAAUUUGAGAACAGCAUUAUGCAGAGGAGGAAAACUAUUAUAACAAUUAUUAUUGCAACAACUUUAUGUGUAACCAUUAACAAAUCUCAAGCAAAAGGGCAACUACGACAACAUUCAAGAAUCUACAGUUGUAUAAGGCACCUAAGUAGCCCAAUUUCCAUAACAAAUACUUUCUACUGAAACAUUCUACAAGAAGUAACUCAUUGAAAACUCAAAACACAAAUCCGAACAUAAAUUAAACAAUAAAGAACAAAAA